AUGUCUGCCAACCCUGCUGCUAGUGGUCGGCCGUGGAGUAUUGUUCUCUGUACACUAAACUGGAUCGUCUGGUCAAACCUGACUAUCCUCUUUAACAAAUGGAUUCUCGAAUCUACUCCAUUUCGAUACCCAAUCCUCUUAACAACAUGGCACCUCCUCUUCGCCACCCUCGCAACCCAGAUCCUCGCUCGCACAACCUCCCUCCUCUCCGCGCGCUCCUCCGUCCCCAUGACCCCAGCGCACUACAUGGCCAAAAUCGCCCCAAUCGGCAUCUUAUACAGCGGCAGCCUCGUCUGCAGUAACACAGCCUACAUGUAUCUAAACGUGGGGUUCAUCCAGAUGCUAAAGGCAUCCGGCCCCGUCAUAACCCUCCUAACAAGCGCACUCUACCGCGUAACUGAACUCACAGCAUCCAAGCUCCUCAACAUCGGGGUGAUCACUGCCUCCGUCGCGCUGACCGUGUGCAGCGAGAUCCAGUUCUCGUGGAUUGGGGUGGCCGUGCAGCUUGCCGCGCUGGUGUUUGACUCUAUGAGGCUUGUGUUGAUGCAGAUGCUUACUUCGCCUUCUCCUUCUCCUUCAUCAUCUUCUUCUUCUUCUUCGUCUGCGGAUGUCUCGACUAUGGCUGAGGAUGUACAUGAGGAUGAAGAGCGGGAGCGUGAGCGUGAACGUGAACAUGAGGGUCUCCUGCUCGAAAGAGACACAGACGAAGAAGCCUGCCGGAUCAGUUCAAGGGCGAGCCCGAAUAUUAUCGAGUCAAAGGGUCCUAUUGUCAGUACCAGCGCUAGUCUCAGCAGUACAGCUGCAGGUUCAUUUACUGGUGAAGGAGGAAGCAGCAGCAGCAGCAGCCUGAGUUCCAAACCGAACCCCAAACCAAAAGCGAAAGUCGAGCCCGGCAAGAUGGACCCGCUGCUUAGCUUGUACUACACAGCGCCAAUCUGCGCAUUCAUGAACAGUGUUCUUGCAUGGAGGGCAGAGGUUGUUCCUUUCCUAGAGGGUCAAGGUCAGGGUCAAGAGCAGGGGCAGAAUCAAGAUCAAGGUCAGGAAUCAAGUGCCGGGCUACUAGGAAUAGUUCUACAAACUGGUCUGGGGAUUCUCCUGCUAAACGCCUGUGUUGGGUUUAUGUUGAAUGUUGCUGUUUUCACGCUGAUUGGCAAAACCUCCGGCCUGACAAUGACGCUCGUCAGCAUCCCCAAAAAUAUCAUGUUGAUCGUCGCAUCGGUCGUUCUCUGGGGUACGCAGGUCUCGGUGGUCCAGGGGGUGGGAUACUCUGUUGCCCUUGCGGGCUUGGUUGUUUAUGCUGGGGGUGGAGUUUAUAUUGCGAGGGGGUAUAGGAGGGUAGGAAGGUGUAUGGGCUUUGGGAGACGGGGGAGGUAUGACCUUUUGGAUGAAGGGAAGAAGAAAGAGGGGAAGGGGAUCUUUUAGAUGUUUCUAUUGUACUUACUUUUACUACCUUACCACCGUACUUGGCUAUGCUUGAAUUGGGUGGAUAAUACUCAUGUUUAUAAUACUAAAAGAAUGCCAUAUUAAAACCAUAAUCCGUAACAUAAUU